AUGGCUAUGAUUAAAAAUGUGAUAGCUGCUACUGCAGCUGCAUUGAUGUGUGGAUCUCUUGUGGAGGCUGAAGUUAGAGGCUAUGACAUGAUUGAGUUCAGCAAUGUUGGUUUCACUGGGUCUUAUACCCCUGUGAAGAAGAUGUCUAACUUAGACAACAACAGUACUUGUAAGUGUGAAGUUGGUGACAGGACUUGGUUCCAAGGUGAUAAUGCACCAUUGAAUGAACACUUGUCUGUGCAUUUCCGUGGUCCAUUGUCCCUAGAAAAGUUUGCAUUCUAUACUUCUCCUAACUUUGUCAUCAAUGACAACAGUUCUAAUUCUCAAAGUUGGAACCGUUCUGCCUUCUAUGAUGCUUCUGCUCAAACAGCAGAUAAUGUUACUUUCAUGAAUAACCAAGGUGCUGAUUCUCCUUGUGUCGGUAAGGCUCUUUCUUACGCAAGCGACAAUGGUACCUCUUCUGCUAGCUCUCCAAAUGUUUUGAAGGCCGACAACUAUGUCAGCUCUGACCAAGAAUAUUCUAUUUUCUCCACUGUCAAGUGUCCAAAGUCCGGCGUCAAGAACGGCUGUGGUUACUACAGAGAUGGUAUUCCAGCUUUCUACGGUUUUGGUGGUGAGACUAAGAUGUUUUUGUUCGAAUUCAAGAUGCCAACUGAAACCCAAUCUAACAGCAGUUCUUUUGAAUUUUAUGACAUGCCAGCCAUCUGGUUGCUAAACGAUAAAAUCCCAAGAACUUCUCAAUACCCAAUCAACGCUAACUGUUCCUGUUGGUCAAGUGGUUGUGGUGAGUUCGAUAUUUUUGAAGUCAUGAACGGCACUGAAAGAAACCACUUAUACUCAACUUUCCACACUUACCAAGGUAUUGAAGAUCUGGGUACCGGUAUUCAAAGUUAUGGUUACAUUCCAAGAGAUACUAAGGGUACUAUGAUGGGUGGUGUUAUCUUUGAUUCUAAUGGUAACACUGUCAGUUUCAUCUCCAACUCAACUUCCUUCGACCAAACUUUAUCUCCUUCUGCAGUCAACUCUUUAUUAAGAGCAAUUCCAAGCAAUGAAACUUACAGCACCAAGUUGAUGAGUAUAUCCGGUGUUGCACCAUCUUCCUCAAAGUCUAAGUCUAGCGGUGCUGCAUUGUCUGUUGAUCAAGGUAUCUGGUACUAUGUUUUCACUGCCUUCACUGCUGUUGCACACUUUUUGUUGAUUUAA